UAUAUAACGCUGGCAAGUGAGACCGGCCGGUCAUUGAUAUUAUAUUAAACGACCGCGCUGCAACGACGAAAGGAUAAUACCUAUUUAUAUUAUCCACGUUGCGAGGUGAUAUCGCAGGGCAGCACCGGACACGCAAAGGAGCGGCACACAUGACCAUCGGUGUUAUCGAUUUCAUCGUAAGACGUUUUAGAAAACUUAAUAAUGGGAGGACAAAUGUUCCUGUUAAUAGCCAGCAUAGUGCUAAUCACCCAACAAACUCAACACACAACAGCAAAAAGGUUACCCAACUUCGUGCACGUGUGUAAAAGAAGUGAUCCUCAGAUAGAAAAAUGUUUGCUGCAAACUAUCGAAUCCCUGAGACCCGAGUUACCUAAUGGGAUACCCAAAAUGCAAAUCCCGGCUUUGGAACCAAUGGUCAUACCCAUGUUGGUAAUAAAUAGAAAUGAGGAUGCUCUUAAAGUUAAAGCUACUAUUAAAGAUGUACAAGCAUGGGGUGGAUCUAAAUUUGUGAUCAACAAUCUCAAGAUAAAUUUUGAAAAGUUAAGUGGCGAAGGAACUGUUCUUCUACCGAAUCUAUUCGUUAACUGUACGUACGACAUUGAUGGUCGUCUAAUGGUUGUUCCACUCCAAGGUCAAGGAAUAUUUAGAGGGAACAUAACUAACACAAAAGCUGAUGUCAAAGCGAGUGUUGAAGUAUUAAAAGACAAAAAAAAUCGUGAAUACUUCCAAGUAAAGGAUAUUCGAAUCAAACUCAAAGUUGGAGAUGCUAAUGGAAAAAUAAUACCACAAAAUAUCAACAAAAAUAACGAUGUCUUAACGGAAACUGCAUCAACGUUUUACCACCAAAACCGUCGAGUUGUUUUGAAUAUCAUUACUCCAAUUGCAGAAGAGAUUGCUGUCGAAUUUGCACUACAAAUUGCCAAUACUAUAUUGAAAACUAUACUUUACGAUGAAAUUCUACCCAAAGAACUGCCUUGAUAAACUACAUGUAUUUUUUAACGUUUAUUUUUUAGAUUUAAUAUUUUUCGUAAUUUAUGUUAAAACAAUCAAUUAUUAAUGAUUUUCAUAUAUUUCAGUGUACCAUACUCAUAAAUCAUCUAUCAUUAAAUACACAAUCUAUGAUCAC